GGAGUGUGACUGUGGGAUAGCAGGUAUAGUAGGGAGAGAUGGUGCCUAUAGUAACAGUGGGAUAAUAGUCUCUGGGGCUGUGGGAAACCUUUCGGUCGAUUUUAGGUAAUGAAUUACCACGUAGAAAAAUCAGAAAAUAAGGGGUUGAAUCCAACACAAAACAAGUGCUGCUAGAUCAACCGUGAGAUUUUUGGAUUUUUUUUUCUUUAAACAUGGAAUUUAAAAAUAUCAUUAAGAUGGAAUAAAGGGCAACAUGGAAAGCAGAUAUGUGUUGCUUCUAUUGACUUCUGAAUUAAAAUAAAAUGACAUUGUAUCUGGGAAACUUCGCUGCACAGAUCAAUUCUGUAAAGUGCGUUGCAGAAAAACAUAAUAAUAUUCUAGUGACAAUAAUAUUUCUUUUUUGUAGCCGGCUGUCUCUUUGUUUGUAUACACAGUGACUAGGGGUUGUGGGAGCCCCAAUAUUUCUGAUAAAUGAUAUUAAUCAUUAGAGUUGAAGCAAACACCUUUAUUUUAGGGCUACCAGUGAAUCUUUAUUCCUCUCAACCCUGAAUAAAAAUAAUAUUUACUGAUUUCACUAAAACUUGGGAGUUUACAGAUUCCAUUCAUUCAAUAGAUCCUGUAGCACCAAGGAAGUCAUGUUGUACCAUAAUCUCUAUACUGGGCACUGGGCAGAGUUGUUUGAACUUUAAUAUUUCCUUAAACAUAGGGACUGUUUUUCUGCCAUAAUAAUUACUAUUGAUUUUUGAUUCAGUAAAACAGUUGACAGGUUUAAAUAUGGAGAGGUGAGUUGCGCUGCAGGCAUGGUGGGAGUGGCAUUACAGUUGGUUGCCAUGGUUACAUUGUUUACGUCUGCAAGGUUGUUGAUCUGCAGAUCAUUUGCAUGUGGCUUCCUAUUGGCUGAGAAUACAGAGCACAUUUUGAAGAGAUAUUUACUGAUGUUAUCUCUCAUAAGAUUGCACCUGGCUUUCUAUUGGCUGAGAAUACUAUAGUGAUGUCAUACAGAGGAGAAUACAGAGUGCAUUGUGAUGUCAUAAAGAGGAGAGUUGUUUACUGAUGUUACUCACUCACUUGCUUUGUCAUAAGACCUACGAGCGCUGGUGGUGACACAUCAGAGACUCAGUCUUAUCGCUUUUUACAUUUUUAUAUUACUUUUUAUCGAUAUUUCAAAACUAUAAUUAUGUCAAAUGAAGAGAAAGAUACUAAGAUAACAAUUAAUGAAAAAGAAGAAGAGGAAUAUCAGCGUUCCUGCAUGAGGAAGAUCUCCCGGAUCGUGGUUCUAAUUUUGAUUGGACUCCUUGCUACCUGCUAUUAUAUAUUUGUGGUGGAGCUGUGCAUAUUCACUGUACAGUUAUUAGAGGCAAAGGUGACUUUCCUGGUGAUUUUCCACCUUUUGUUUCUCCUGUGCGUGUGGUGCUAUCUCCGGACUGUUAUGAUGCCUCCCGUUGUCCCUCCUGAAAAAUUCCGCCCAUCGGAGACUGACAAGCAGCUGUACCUGAGUGAUGAGAGGCCACAAGUGCUGCAGGAGAUCCUCAUUCGUAUGGCUAAAGACUUGCAUAUUAAGAAGGCUGUAAGGUACUGUACCACAUGCCAUGUGAUAAAGCCAGACAGGUGCCACCAUUGCCCAGUGUGUAACGUCUGUAUACUGAAACUGGAUCAUCACUGCGGAUUUCUAAACAACUGUGUGGGAUUCUCCAACUACAAGUUCUUCCUCCUCGCUGUGAUGUAUGGAGUGCUAUUGUGCAUAUUCACUAGCGCAGUGUCGCUUUAUUGCUCCAUACUAUUCUGGACUCAUCAGCUGCCCAACAGCUCAUCCAAAGUCCCUAUCAUUGUGCUGUUCAGCCUGACCACAUUCUUCGCUAUAAUGCUAUUCCGACUUUUCCUCGAUCAUUUCGAACUGGCUCUAAGGAAUAUAACUGAUCGGGAGGACAGUGAUAACACAGAGGAGUUUAAUCCCUAUAACUUGGGCUUCAGCAAGAAUCUGAGAGAAGUGUUUGGCAAUGAAAAGAAAUACUGGUUCCUCCCAAUCUUCAGCAGCUUAGGAGAUGGCUUCUCAUUCCCAAUGGGUGAGGCCACAAUGGACAUAGAGAAAAAUGCUGCUAAUGUUCCCAAACCUGUUAGUGAGAACCAGAACUGAAAAUCCCAGAAUUGACAGUUGUCACAGGAAAGACUACAAGGAGGAAUUUGCAAAGGGAACUCUGAUUAUUAUACAAUUAAUUCUGAGGAGGAAGACAUGAUUCAGACAUGGAUGCUGCCUGCCAUUAAUCCAACGAGAUCCAACAGCCUUUUCGGCAAGAUUGUUCCUGGGAAUAAUUAUUUGCAACUUUCCUACUGUUCCUGAAGAUUCGUCUCUGUCCUACCCCAACCCAGAGCAGAGGAGACUGGGACUGGGACCUCCUACGACAGAUGAAUUUAAUACUUCAAAUAUAACUUCAAGUAAUAAUUUUAAUAAAAUCUUUAACAAUGUAAACUGUAUUGUCUCUGCUCUAUUUUAUUAUUUUCAAGGUAGCCAGACGCUAGAAUACUAUAAAAUAAAAAUGUUUGUUCUGUUACACAAGGGACAAGUUGUAUGUAUGUCUGUCUGUAUGUAGAACUGUACAGAAAGCCACUAAAAAGGCUGUUUCCCCAGGAAAGUGUUAAUUAAUUAUUGACUGGCAGGUGAUUAUUUGGUGCAUCUAGAAAUGUUAUUGCUACAUUUUGUCAUCUUUCCUUUUAGGGUCAUUCCCUAGGGGGACUUUUAGUUUACCUAAGAAAACUAUUUUUAGGACAACCUAAGAUGUCAAAAUAUACUAAAAAUGUUAGUGUAAUUCCACUUCUGUAACAAGACAGAAGACAAGAGGCUUCUAAAUGUCUACAAAAUGAAAAAUCUUUAAAGAGAUACUGACUGUGGGAUAGC